AUGCCGAGAGUGAACCAAAAGAUACGCCAACUGAUUGUGGACAGUAUUCCGAACGAAAAAGGACUGGUCAAGAUCCUGCAGUUCAUCAUUCAACAUCACCGUGAAGCGGCCGAUGGAGUUGUCAGGUUGAAGCCGCAUUUCUCGAUCUAUCGGUGAGUUUAUGAUCUUUAAUGGGUAAUAUAAACUAGGUAAGGGAAUUGAGGUAGGGAGUGGUUUUUUAAGUUUGAGACUGCUCGGCUUCGCUCGAGAGAUUUUCAAUGAGUUUCUAGACUUCAAUUCUGUCUUAUGUAAUGUAACAGUACCUAAAGAGAGUGCGAGCAGUUUUGUCUUAUAAAUUUGCUUCAACUCGAACUGAUUAGCUUGAUUAUAUAAAAAAAUCUUUUCAGCGAUAUUCUCUUUGUCGCACUCGAUCAGUUCGGCAAAAACGUGGACCGCGAACAGUUCGACCGCGAAUUCCAAAUCCAAGUGGAACGCCUACCAGCCAGAGUGGUGCAGCUGCUUCAAAAAGGCGACUACUUGCCCCAACUGACCGCCGUCGCUUGUCGCCGCCUAUUUCUGCCUUUGGAUUUGAACUAA